AAAAAUGCCGAUUUUUUAAGAAUACCUCAAUUUAAACUACAAUAUCCAAUAUCAUAAAGGGACAAUCGCAAAAUAAAUUCCCAUGCCUUAAUUUGCCCUUCGCGAAGUACCCUCGUCUCGUAGCGAGCCCCGGGUAAAUUCCAAAACUCGACAAAAAAUAUAAUUUUCAUUUUGUCAACACAAAACCUGCGUCUGCCAUGAUGUUUCUGGCGUCGUUUUGAUCGAGCAGUACCUAAAGUUUUUCGUAUAAUGAAGUUUGUCUGGCUAGAAAUUAACGUGAUCGAGGAACAGUAAUCCAGAAUGGUUGUGGAUGUACACAGCAGCAGGCCCUUGCAACAACAAAACAACUUUAAAAUGCAACCAGCAUCUAUGACACCGAAAGAACUUUCAGACAAUGACGAUUUGGCCACGUCGUUGGUGCUCGAUCCCAUUUUGGGAUUCAACUCUCACAAAAUGAACGUACGGUACAGACCGUUGAGGGCCAACACCGCCGAACUGAAAAAAAUCGUCGAGGAUUUUGUGGUCAAUCAGAACUACGAUAAAGCUUACAGUAGAAUAUCAAAUGGUGAAUGGAUGCCUAGGCUUCGAUCAAAGACACUACAAAGGAAGCUACAGGAACAUAUUUACAGAUAUCUGCGUGUCUUCGACAGAAACUCCGGUUUUGUCAUAGAACCAUGCUACCGUUACUCGCUUGAAGGACAAAAAGGUGCAAAAAUUUCAGCUACUAGACGCUGGCAUAAAAACGAAAAAAUUGAAUGUUUAGUUGGUUGUAUAGCUGAACUAACCGAACAAGAAGAAGACGAACUUUUAAAUCCAGGCAAAAAUGAUUUUUCUGUUAUGUACAGCUGCAGAAAAAAUUGCGCCCAAUUAUGGUUAGGCCCCGCUGCUUAUAUCAAUCACGAUUGUAGGGCGAAUUGCAAAUUUGUAGCCACAGGUCGAGAUACUGCGUGUGUAAAAGUCCUGAGAGACAUAGAAAUUGGUGAAGAGAUUACGUGUUUCUAUGGUGAAGACUUUUUCGGUGACAAAAAUUGCUAUUGUGAGUGCGAAACUUGUGAAAGACGUAAAACAGGGGCUUUUGCUAAAGAGAAUGACAACAAAGAGGAAAAUGGUUACAAACUUAGAGAAACUGACAAUAGACUGAACCGAACUAAACCCAAAGUCAAUAAUAAUGUGCAAAAUAUUGCAAGAAAUAAAGAUGCUAACGAGCGGUUGAUGGGAAACAAUCCGGUCGUCACGCCACUGAGCAUGAAAGAACUAAGGCAAAAAGGACUGACCAAGUACGAUGCUGAACUAUUAAUUGCGCAAGGUUGUAAAUUUACAGAUAUGGGCGAAUUUAAAAGUCUGAAACGGACCAGUCGAUGCGGCUCUGGCGCUUCUGUAAAUAGUGAAAAUCUGAGAAGUAGUACUGAAAAAAAAUCUGUGAUAAAUGGUGAGGAGGCUCGUGUCAAAUCGUCCUCAAAGUCUGUUAGUUCAAGAACUGCCAGGUUGCAGAGGCGGCAAGCUCAAAAAGCGAAUCAGGAGGUCAUGCAAGCAGCAACCCAAAACCUGUCCAGAUCGAAUUUACUUGACGAUUUGCAAAGCAACGCCAGCAGUUGUCCAAGCACUUUCAGUGAUAACGAUCCAGUCUGCGAUGCCACACAACAAAACAAAUUCUUCAACGACUGCCACGAAAGUGGGAAAUUGGACAUCAUUGCCGAAGAUUCGACAGGAGGCAUCACACUUAGAAAUCACAAAUGUUUAACGCCCGAAACGAAAACAGAGUGCCAAACUUGGAAUGGGAUUAAUAACAAUCAUUCAAUGGCCGAGGUGGAUUCGACUUGUGGAUCGGAAGAAGGUUUAAAAAAGAAGCAUGAUAGCACUCCUAGCACUAAAAGUGCUGUAAGGUGGAACCAGGAUAGUGAUAUUUAUGAAUUUCAAGAAGACGUUACUAGUGAUAUAAUACCGUUGAGGCAAAAGGAGGAGGAAGAAGACAAAACAAGUGAUACAAAGCAAGGGGAGAAGGCGAAGGAUAUUAAAAUGAAAGUGAAAGCUGAUGGAGGCAGUCAUUGCUGGACUAUUGCAAAGUUUGACGACUGUACAGAAUCAUCAAAUUGUGUUCAGCCUGAAAAGACUCCAGAAAAAUGCGGCGGUAGGCUAAAGUUGACGCUGCGUAUGAAAAGAAGUCCGGUUCUAGAUGAGGUAAUAGAAUCGGCCAACAGUUUGAGCGACGAGUAUUUCGAGCCGGAAUAUGAAGUUUUAAGAGUCGAAGGUGUGGAAAGCGAAGACAUUUCUUAUACUCCCUAUUCCCAUAGAAAAAAGAGGCAUAAAUCCAAAGACAGGAAACGGGAUAGACGAAUGAAGCAAGUAGAAGAAGAAGCACCUAUACCCCAACUGCCAAUGAAAAGAGUGCGACUAAUAUUCGGCAACGAAAGUCGCAUAAUCGAUAUACCGUCCACUAGUACAGAUCGCGGAACGUGAUGUUCGAUUUUAGGUAUCCCAGCGGACUUUUUUUCAUAAUUAAUUCGAGGCAGCAAAAAUCUUAUUUAUAUUCCACCGAGCUAGCCGUUACUUGAUGGAAAUUUAUUAUGCUUUGUGAAGACUAUAAAAUUUUCAGACUGGAUUAACAAAGCUGAAGAAGACAAUGGGCGUUUUUGGAAACGCUGAUCCUAUUAACCCAAUUACCAGCUGUGUGUUUUUUAUCUUUCUUCAAUGAACACUUUUGAAAGAAUAUUUGUCGAAACAUAUGCCUUGAACAGUAUCGAUAAUGAAAUAAUCUGUGAAAAUUCAAUAGUCUUUUCAUAAAGUAAUCUAUUCAUUAAAGUCAUCCAAAACAAGUUUGUUUGUUGAUGUGCUGAUCUUAGAAAAUUUGGCUAUUAAUUAUUACUUCUUAUACACUGCCGCAUUAAUUGAGUAAAGAAAUUUUAUUUUUAAAAAAAUACUUUUUUAGUUUUAGUUAACUGUUGGACUAGUGAAUUUCACUUGCCCAAACAGUUUAUAGAUUAAUUAUUAUUUCAUAUAUUUAAUUUAUUUUCAGCAAUUUUUUGUAAUAAAUAAUAAGUGAUCCCGUGUAAUGAUACCUCAUUCAUUUGUUCAUAAAAUAAGCACUCAAAUGUAUUGUAAAGUAAGUGUAAAGUGCUGUUAAAUUAAUAUUAAAAAAAUUAAAUACCCUAAUUAUUGUUAACUGUUAAAUAUUUUUUUUUGUAUCCAAAAGCAAAGUGUUUGCAGGCUUGAGUAAUCAUAUUCAAACACUUUUCUUGCUUGUGCAUAAAAUGUUAAAUGUAAAUAAUUGCAAUAGGAACUUAGUAGUAUCUAAAUUGCUAUUUUAAUCAUUCAUUUGAGAUUCAUUCUGAUACCUCACUCACAUUUGUAUAAAUAAUAUUUAUUUAAUAAGUAGACGAUUUUGUAUCCCUGUCAUUAUAUAUAUGAAAAAAAAAAAUUACUUAAUAUUUAAGUGAAUUAAGUAUUUCCGAAAUGUUUCUGUAUAAAUGUUUAUGGUGAAUAAAUGAAAAGUUUUUAUGUAUUUUCUCCUA